AUGCCGCGAAACGGCGAAACACAACUUGUACAAACCGAGCGAGAUGAAGGGAUAAGGCUGCACACAGGCGCCACCGCACGCCCGUGUGCACGCAUCGGCUCGACAGCGCCGACCGCCCCGAGUGCACGAGCGCACGGCACCAUGUCCGAGGCCAAGCCGUCGUCCGGCGACGCGACGCUCGACGCCCUCGUCCGCGAUCUCAGCGCCAAGGUGAGAGCCACCGACGGCCGAUGGGUGGAGGAGAACGCGCCGAAGGACGGCGCGAAGAGCAUCUACGACGACUUCGAGGGAGCCAUCGCGUCCGCGCCCCGCAUCGACGGCACCCCGGGGGGCGCCGUCCAGUCAGCCGCGGACGCGCUCGAGGAGCAGCUCGCGGCGUUCGACGCCGGCGGCGUCGGCAGCGCCGGGGUGCCCAUCGUGGACAUCGACUCGAUGGACGACGACGCGAUGGGCGCGAUGCUCGGAGGAGGCGGCGCGGCCGCGGAGUUUAACUCGUUCGCGGACGACAUCGUGGCGAUGAUGCUGCGACACGAGGAGAAGAAGCGCGCGGAGGGCGGCCCCGCGCUGGGCGAGGCGAUCGGGUCGGACCAGGGCGGCGGGUUAGCUGGCAAGUUUGACGCCGUCGGCGAUGAGAUGGGGGGGCUGACGAUCGCGGAGAAGGGACGCGAGGGCGGCGACGGGGAGUUGAAGGGUCUGAUGGCCACGCUGUCGUCGCAGCUGCGCGAGGAGAAGGCGAAGAAGGGUGGUAAAUGA